GGUGUUCGGACAGCUGGGUAAGAAUGACGCAGAAAAUUGCAACUCAUGGAACCCCUCGGGUUGGUCCGUGGAAUUCCCGAUUUCCAUGAAGUGAAUUCUUUUUGUGGGGAGCUCGGGGACAGCUAAGGUAAGGUAUUUUGGCGGUCAAGGGGCCUCUUUCACCGCCCUCUUUCCUAUACCUUACGUAGUAGUCUACCUAGGUAUUAUGGAGGAAACGCCCCGCCGGGAAAUCGUCAAACAAGACAGACGGCAGAAAAAAGUUUCGAAAAGGAGCCCAAAGCAGAGAAGUCUCUCGCAACCCAACUGGCAGAAAAAAAAAAGAAAAGAAAACAGAAAGGAAAAAAAAAAAAAAAGGGACGCGGGGUUAUCGUUACUGAAAACGACCAACGAAACGACGUUAUCUCGAUCCUUGACCACCUUACCUUGCCUACCUGCCUAUCCAUACCCUGAACCGCAAAGGCUUGACCUUACCCUUGUCUCUGGUCAGCACUUUAUCCGUAUUUACUUUUUUUUUUCCCUUUCGGAGAGCGUCAGAGCAUCGACGCAACAUACCCGACAACGGAGAGCAACUUCCCCAGCUAGCAAACGGGCACUCUUCCACGACACUCGUUUCCACCAGCGACAACCCCUUCCCACCCCCCUUCCCCUUCGCCCUCUCCAGAACCAAACAAGUCACCGACCAAACCGCCAGCUUCCCUACUCCUUCCUCCCAAGAUGUCAAUCCCAGACGACACCGCCUCCACCAAUGCCACCGCACCCCCAACGUCCCCCAAACGCGCCGCGCAAGACGACCUAGCAACCGAACCCGAAUCCCAACCACCCGCCACGAAACGGUCCCGCGCAACGAGCCCCUCGCAACAAGACGACGAAGACGAUGGCGAGGCAAAGACGAGGGCUACGACGGCGGCGAUGGCGAAUGCGUCACUGACGGCAGGGGAAGGCGAGGGUGAGCUAGGUGCCGGUGCCGGUGCCGGCGACGGUUCAGCAGCUCCCGCGGCGGCGCAAACGACACAGACGCAGACACAACCCGCGGCAGGGGCAGCAGCAGACGAGACGCCAGAGACGACGACGCAGCCUCCCCCGUCCGCGCCAAAGACAAAGAUGUGUGGUGUGUGUCACGAAAAAGAGGGAAAAUACAAGUGCACGCGCUGCGCAUUACCAUUCUGCUCCGUCCCGUGUAACAAAACGCACCGCGAGAACCACCCCCCCGACCCCGAACCGGCGCCGAAACCAGCCUCAGCCGCGAUCGAGCCCCCCGCGCCGAGCGGCGGUGCCGCCGCCGCGAGCGACCCAAGGAACCCCUUCAGCGUCCUCGACGACUCGGACCAGCUCCGGUACCUCUUCCGACGGUACCCGACGCUGCAGGCGCGACUCCUCGAGAUCUUCGCCGCCACGGAGCCGCCGCCGGAGCUGCAGUCCACGGGGAGCAGCCUCAACGACAUGAUGAAGGCGCGGGCUUUGGCCGCCGCGAACCCGAAAAAGGAGCAGUGGACGCACGACGUCGGGAUCCGCAAGGGGAAAGAGGCGCUGCGGAGGGCCAGGGCCGCCGACGGCGAGGACGGCGAGGGCGUGAGGGAGUACGUCGAGCUCAUUAACCACCUCAUGUCGCAGGCGAGCGCGGCGGCCGAGGCGGAAGAGGUGAUUAGGAAACAGGCGGCCGAGAAGGAUGCCGAACUGAUUAGGCGCCUCAUGACGGAGGACCGCGGGUGA